AUGCCUGCUCAUCGUUCAGAUUUUGAGAUCAUUCCUAACGACAAGGAACGUUUGCUUUGUCGUAUCUGCUCAGACUUAUCUGAGACGGCCGAUGUGGUCAUCAAGAAAACAUCUAAAUCCUCUCAUAUUAAGACACGGCAACACAUCCGAGCACUGGAACGCACCAACGGAGACUCUAUCUCUGACAUAACAGCCUCACGCACACUUCCUGUUCCGCCAAGUCAGCCAACACUUCCUCGUUUUGCCAGCUUACGGACACUGAAUGAAUACCUGCAAGAUGAUUUGAACAUGGUCAUAGAUGCUGACAUAUCCAAGGACUUGUUCAAUGAUGUUCACCUUGAUGAGGCCCAAGGCGUAUACCAGGAUAAUUUUGGCAGAAACAUUCUCUUCUCUGCAGGAGAGCGGGAGGUCCAUGCUAUGGAACAGCGUAGACAUAGGUUAUAUAAGCAGCUGGAUGGUCUUGCAUUGCUUGAGAGACAUACCUUGUUUGGUCGUUUUGACGACGCCGAGUCUGCUGCACCAGAUGAUCUUGCUGAAGAUAAUCUGUCUUCCACUGCCUCACAAAUGAUAGCUGAUCUGGAGGCCUUAGCAAUCGGAGACGACAACGACGAUGAAGAUGAUGGUGACGAUGAUGUGGCAAGCUGGGAUCAAGAAUCCAAAGCAGACGCUGAUUGGUAUCCGCAUAAGUCCAAAACGAUGUUCAUGCUGGAUCUUUUGGAUAAUUUACCUAGGCUACGUCUAUCGGAUGACCAUCUCAAGGCUGUGAUUUGGGUCAUGAGAGAAUGCGGCACUCCAGAUGUACCUUCCUUUUCAGCACUAUGCAAGACCCAGACCAAACUUACUCACGCAUUUGGUUUGAAGCCUGAGCAUCAUAUUUCCGCACUGGGAAAUCAUUUUUAUAUGAACCAUCCUCGGAAGCUGCUGGCACUGGACUGGGCCAAUCCCCUUGUACGAAAACAUAUUCACGUCUAUCCUGAGGUAGCUGGACCAAUUACAGAAACAUACCAGGCAGCUAAAUGGCUUGAGGAGGUUGAUCUCGAUGAGCUAUCGCCCAUGUGGGCCAACUGGACUUCUCCCGGACUACGACAUCGUCAUUUCUACAUCAAAGAACUGGCUCGGUUAUCAGAUGACUCUUAUGUAGUCAUUUUACGCUGGGUGACUGUGAAUGGCAUAGUGCAUGCAGAUGUCCUGGAAACCGUGACUGAAACUGGGCUUUCUGAGGGCGAACUUCCAUUCUUAUAUGUAACGAUACAUACUCACAAGGUGUCUCGCAUUCCAGCAAUGUCAUUGACUGAGAACAUUCUCGAUAUCAGAGUCCAUGCUCCGGGAGGCGUGCAAUUCUCAGCUUAUUCUCCCAUCUUUCCAAUGCCCAACCCACUUCGGGAGGUGGCAAGAGGCUGCCCAAUGUAUCGCUUGCGUGUAACGCCAUGGAGUGACGAUGUCUCAGGGAAUGUCAGCAAGCAAUAUAACGCACAUACCAAUAUCUACGUUACCAAUGCCAAUCUUCCGCAUGGAAAACUAUCUCAGGAAUAUUUUGUUCGAUACUGUUCCACCUCUGCCAAUGCCUCAUCAUCCGAACAAUUUGUAGCUCUGUGCGAGGACUUUGACCGUGAUCAAUGGGAAAAAGCUUACGAUUGCGAAAUACAUGAAGACAUCCUCUUCCAAAUUAUCCCCCAUGUCCUUCCUGCCGACAAUCCUCAGCAAUCUGAAACAUCUUCUCACAUCGGCGUGAAUGGGAAUUUUAGCUGCCGGCGUGAUCUGACAGGAGGCUCAAGUGAACAAAAGGAGAGUGUUGAUGGCUAUGAAGCUCUUUAUCAUCCAGGCAAGGAUGAACGAACUGUCACGCAAACGAUACAAGCUAUCCGGUGGCAGAUCUGGCUGGCCUGUCAAGGAAACCAGGAGGGGGUCAAAAAUGCGUCCGCUUCAUCUGGCGUUAAAGAUAAGCUCUCGCAGUAUUGGAUCGAGCAGCUUAUAAUCAAAUCGAGAGCACUGCAGGAUGAGAGAAUCAAGAAUGCCGAGACAUGCGAUUCCCGUUUGAGGGACAAAGCAUUGAAGGGAGAGAAACGAAGAGCAGUGGUGGAGGAGAUAACUUAUGCGAUUCAACAGGAGUUAUGGGAUUGGGUUAUUCAACAACCAGAGGAGUCGUACAAGAAGCUCUCUCCAAAUGAUCCUUCUUCAAGGGACUUACGUGCAGGCGACCACUUCAAUGUGUUGCUUCAGACACGAGGUAUUGAUCCACAUCGCGACACCCCUGGAGAAAUUCUCCACACGUAUCUUCUCGGCAACGACAAGUAUGUAUGGCACGAUACCAGCAAAACAUGGUCCAAGCAAAAUGACGAUACCUUUGCCAUCCGACUACAAUCCUCGUGCAUCCAUGGCCUUACAAUUGCCCAGCCACGCGCAGCCUAUCUGGUUCAAUACAAGAACUCGCUUAUUGGCAAGCACUUCAAAACCCUGCAGCAGCUGGCCAUAUUUCACCUUCAUGAGCUUUGCCCCCCACAAAUCUUCACUUUAUGGAAAGCUACGGGCGAAUUGGGGGCCUUACUGUGGUAUCCAGAAAUUCGGGAUAUUGACCAGUAUCUCGUACGCAGCUUCGAUGCCUUCUUCACAUUCAAAGAGGCUUAUUCUAUACAGAUUGACUUACAAGUCUUGAUUGACAAUCUUCUCGACGCAUGGGCCAUUGUUGAUCCACGACGUAUCAUCACCAAAGUCAAGCUUCAUGUUUUGACUCACCUCCCCGAUGACAUUCGUCGCUUUGGACCCGCUGUCAUUUUUGCGACCGAGAUCUUUGAAUGCUUCAAUGCAGUGUUCCGCAUGUGCAGCAUCCUUUCCAACCACCUGGCUCCGAGCCGUGACAUCGCUAUUACGAUGGCUGAUAUGGAGCGAUUUAAACACAUGGCCAGUGGUGGAUGGUGGAAGGAUGAAAGUGAGCAAUAUAUACAGGCAGGUCACAAGAUUCAGAUCUUCUUAAAGAAGAAUGUCGAACUCCAACGGCGUCUGGGAUGGGCAGACGAGACACUUCUUCAGCCAGGUAUUCGUGUCACGGAAACGGGAAGAAUUAUCAAGAUACUGGCAAAAACAGGCCUUCCAUUGACCAACAACAAUGUGGUAAUCAUUAUCGAGCAUUUCCAAGUCGCCGACGUGAAGGAUGGUCGACUGAAUAUGCCAUUACUCAUUAACAGUCAAGAUCUGAUUGCAGUUGGUGCCCAGGACAUUCUUUUUGACUUCAAUGCCCAGCACGACUGUGUCACCGGACACUGCCAGAUUGGCGAAUCGACGAGUUAUGUCAUGCAAGAGAGGAUCAAGACAGCAGCGCGACAACGAUGCAUCGUGCAUACCAACCAUUCGCAGUUCCACCUGAAUAUGCACGCACUCCAUAAUGCCCACCUGAUUCGAGAGGCCCUUCCCCGUCACCUUGUUGCCCCAGUUCCUCUGCGUGACUGUCGAGCUCAAUUUCAUCAAGAACUCUCUGCCAAGCUGCAGGUUUCGGGGGCGGCGAAGCGAGCGUUAACUAGAGCCAAAGCGAAAGACACUCGCGAGCGCAACAAGAAGGCCAAGGAGGCUUUCACCGCAGAGGCUGAGCGCUGA